AUGGCCAUCAACGUGGGCAUUUUGUAUGCCACAACAUGCUUUGUCAUCUGGGGCCUCUUCCCGCUCUACUGGAAGGAGCUCGAGGCGAUCUCGGCCGUCCAGCUCGCGCUUCACCGCAUCGUGUGGUCCUUUGUCUUCCUCGCGCUCAUCAUGUGCUUCACGGGCCAGUGGACGACGUUCCGCACCGAAGUCGCGAACCGCAAGAUCCUCAUCACCUACACGCUCUCGAGCAUCUUCAUCUUGACCAACUGGAUGACGUACGUCUGGGCCAUCAACGCCGGCUACGUGGUCGAAACAAGUCUUGGGUAUUUUCUGACGCCGAUCCUCACGGUCAUUCUGAGCGUUCUCGUCUUCAAGGAAAAGCUGCGCACGUGGCAGUGGGUCUCGAUCGUCAUUGCUGCCAGUGGUCUCCUCGUCGUCGCGAUCGCGUACGCCAAGUUUCCGUGGGUUGCGAUGACGCUCGCGGGGUCCUUCUCGAUCUACGGCUGCAUCAAGAAGAUGGCGCCGCUCAACUCGCUCAACGGCCUCAUGCUCGAGACUGCGAUCAUGCUCAUUCCGUCGCUCAUCUAUUUGAUUGUCGUCGAGUGCAACGGCACCGGCGCGUUCGGCCAUGUCGAUACCAAGUCGACCUUGAUGCUCAUUGGCGGUGGUAUCGUGACCGUGAUCCCGCUCCUCCUGUUUGCCUCGGCGGCGCAACGAAUCCAGUUCAACGUGCUCGGCAUGCUCCAAUACAUCUCGCCGAGUCUUGUCUUCCUCCUUGGCGUCCUCGUCUACCACGAACCGUUCUCGACGACCAAGCUCAUCGGCUUCAUCCUUGUCUGGGUCGCGCUCGCCUUCGACAAGGACGACGCCGCCGAUGUGCCGGUUGCGGUGGUGGUCGCCGUCGAGACGCCGCGCGCCGAGGCGACCGAGACCCCGUACAAGAGUGUGUAG